GGAGUGACCAAAACGCACACUAUUAUAUACACACACGGUUGCGAAUUGCUGCUAUGCGCCUUUCUAUUUUCUGAUUAGCAAAAUGCUAAAAUUGCACUCCUCUCUUUCACUGUCAUCACAACUCUCUCGUUCUGCGCUCUCUGCACGCCGCGAUCCUCAUAGAACUUGCUUCAGUGUUUCACUUCUUCUGCCAUCGCCAUUUUUGCUUUCUUCAACAAAACUGCUUUCUUAAGGCCAUAGUCUAGGAUGAAUAACACUUCUGAUGAAGAGUCAGAGGAGAUCAGUGAGUCUGAGAUUGAUGCCUAUUGCGAUGAAAAACCUUACAAGCAACUCAAGAACGGGGGCCACAAGGUUAAGGUGAAGGAGGACAUAUUCAGGUGCCCUUUUUGCUCAGGGAAGAAGAAGCAACACUACAAAUACAAGGAGCUGCUUGCUCAUGCGACUGGUGUUGCCAAAGGAUCUGCGAGCAGGAGUGCUAAGCAGAAAGCAAAUCACCUCGCUUUGAGAAAGUACAUGGAGAAUGAGCUUGCUGGUGAUUCUGGUGCCCCACGCCUACAACUUGUCUUGUUCUCGCCGAAGCAGUCUCAACCAGUUGUGAAUGACAUUUAUGUCUGGCCUUGGGUGGGCAUUGUCAUCAACCCACUCAGAGUAACCGACGACAAGAACUCGCUCCUUGAUUCAGCUUACUGGUUGAAGAAGCUCGCCAGAUUCAACCCUCUUGAGGUGAAAACUCUUUGGGUUGAGCAGGAUUCCGUAGUUGCCGUCAUCCCUAGGUUUGACAGUGGUAUGAAUGGGUUCAAGAGUGCCACAGAGCUUGACAAGUUCUAUGAGAUUAAACGCUGCGGCAAAAAGGAUUGGAGUGAUAAAACAGGCGACUGGAGUUCCAAGACUUAUGGUUGGUGCGCCCGCGCAGAUGAUUACAACUCUCAAGGCCCGAUAGCUGAGUACCUGUCAACAGUGGGAACGCUGAGAAGUUUCUCUGAUAUUUCCAAGGAAGAAAUGCAGAAUACGAAUCUUGUGGUUGAUGAACUAGCAAAUAAAAUCGCUUUGAAGAAUGAGGAUCUGAGCAAGGUCCUAUACAAGUAUAACGAGAAGGCCAUCUCUCUGCACAGGGUUCUCAUAGAGAAAGAAAAGCUGGACCGAGCUUAUAAAGAAGAAACAAAAAGAAUGCAGGAGGUUUCGCGGCACAACAUUGACAGGAUCUUAAAAGAAAAGGACAGGCUGAGCAAUGAACUGGAUCAUAAGAUGCGUAAGCUGAAACUUUGGUCCAAAGAAUUGGACAAGAAGGAAGCACUAACUGAACUGGAGAGACAAAAGCUUGAUGAAGACAAGAAGAAGAGCGAUGCCAUGAACUCCUCCCUCCAGUUAGCUUCACUGGAGCAGAAAAGGACGGAUGAACGCGUCUUGAGUCUUGUGGAAGAACACAAGAGGAAAAAAGAAGAGACUUUGAACAAGAUCCUUCAGCUUGAGAAGGAAUUAAACAGCAAACAGAAACUUCAAAUGGAGAUUCAAGAGCUGAAAGGAAAGCUGCAAGUCAUGAGGCGUGUGGAAGAUGAAGAUGACGAGGACAUUAAGAAGGAAAUGAAGGACAUGAAUGAGAAGCUGGAGGAGAAGUGUUCUGAGUUAGAAGAUCUAGAGGACACUAACUCGGCCCUCAUGAUAAAACAACGCCAAGGCAAUGAUGAGAUACAAGAAGCCCGUGAAGAAUUGCUUACGGGAUUGAGAGAAUUGUUGAGUGAUCGAACCAACAUCAGGAUAAAGCGGCUGGGAGAACUGGAUGAAAAGCCCUUCUUGAAAGCAUGCGAGGAGAGAUUCACUGGCGAAGAAGCUGAUAUGCAGCAUGCCAUGCUUUGCUCGAAAUGGCAGGAAAACCUCAAAGAUGCAGGAUGGCACCCAUUCAAACGCGUGGGGACUGAAGGCAAAAUGACGAUUUGAUGAAACCGGAUCGGGUCUAGCUCUAGAUCCGUUCUUGGUUUUUGGAUUUCCAGCGUCUUUUAUCAUAUUGGUCAAUCCAGAUGCUCCCGAAACUCGCAGCACAUAGAGAUGUCUCUGUUUCUGAAAGACGAUUCGAUUCAAAUCCGCGAAGUGUGGAACGAUAACCUGCAGGAGGAGAUGGAUCUGAUCCGAGAAGUGGUGGACGAUUUCCCUUACGUCGCCAUGGACACGGAGUUCCCAGGGAUCGUCGUCCGACCAGUGGGAACCUUCAAAUCGAACGCCGACUACCACUACGAAACCCUAAAGAUGAACGUCAACAUCCUCAAGAUAAUCCAGCUCGGCCUCACCUUCUCCAACGAACAAGGUAACCUCCCAACCUGUGGAACCGAGAAAUACUGCAUCUGGCAAUUCAAUUUCCGGGAGUUCGAUGUGAACUCGGACAUCUUCGCCCUCGACUCCAUCGACCUUCUCAAACAGUCCGGCAUCGACUUUGCCAGAAACACUCAGGACGGAAUCGAGUCCAAGAGAUUCGCGGAGCUCCUGAUGUCCUCGGGGAUUGUGCUGAACGAGAACGUGCACUGGGUCACGUUUCACAGCGGGUACGAUUUCGGGUACUUGCUGAAGCUCCUGACAUGCCAGGACCUGCCGGAUUCACAGACGAGCUUCUUCGAGCUGAUCAACGUUUACUUCCCGACGGUGUACGACAUUAAGCACCUGAUGAAGUUCUGCAACAGCCUUCACGGUGGCCUGAACAAGCUCGCGGAGUUGCUGGAGGUGGAGAGAGUUGGGAUCUGUCACCAAGCUGGCUCCGAUAGUUUACUCACGUCUUGUACUUUCAGAAAGCUUAAGGAGAAUUUCUUCGUUGGUCCUUUGCAGAAAUAUUCUGGUGUUUUGUAUGGAUUAGGUGUUGAAAAUGGUCAGGUUGCUCUCUAAACAAAACAAAAAAAUCAAAUAAAAAUUCCUUAUAACUCUUUCUCUCUCUCUCGUUCUUUUUUGGGUAUGCAAUGCAAUGCAUGAUCACAAAAUCG